GCACAGCACGUGAACUCAGUUGCGUGCAUUUUUGACAAAUGCUAGUUUGAAUUUGAAAUCGUUUGUGGUCAAGACACUGUCAAAACCGAUUGGUGCUCGGGAAUUUACGUCAAACUUAUAAAUGACAUAACCACAAAGCAGUGGGAAAUGUAACUCUUAUCGUAAACAAAUAUUAGGAUUGUGAUCAAUUUAUUUACUUUGUUUUGUAACAUUAUUACUAGGUAUUUGAGUUCAAGAUAUCAAGAUAAAAAAACUGAAAGAUAUGGAUGAUGUACCUGUAAAUAACAUAGUCGAUUUUUCUUGGAGAUUUGGAGUGACGAUCGCUAGUGGCAUCAGCGAAGAAGUUGGAAAAAAUUUUGUGCAAGUUGAAAUUUUAUAUGACGAGGAAGGAAAGAGAAAAACAUUUUUUGUUGAAAUGAGUGUUAAUCAAUUUCAUAAAUUAAUAUAUGACCUUGAAAAGGUAAAAAGUAAUUUAGAUAUUUUGAUGUAACUAUCAAGAAUUUAUAUUAAGAAUUAUUAAAUUAAUUCUUUAAAUAUUGUAAAUAACAUACUUGUAUAAAACAUAGUGUUAAUUAAGCUUAUAAAAAAUAUUUUUAUUGAAUAAAAAAGGAAAUGAAAUUUCA